AUGCAAGAAAACUCGCUUGGUCAAAAAACGCCAGAGAUACACAAAGAAGGAGAUAUUACUAGCUGUGAACCAGGUGCUAAACGGGGAAUGUCGCUAUCGCGAGUUGGGCGUUUGUAUGGCAUGCCCAAAUCAACUGUUGGUGGGUACGUGCAAAAAUACAAUACUGGUGAACUUACAUUUUCUGCAGACGAUGCAAGGCCAGUAAGGCGGUCAGUCAUUACCGAUGCGGGCCAUAUAUUUUUGAAAGAUUUUGUAACCACCAACAACACGGCCACACUUGAGCAAAUGCGCACGGCGUACCAAAAGAAGCAUGAUGUCAUUCUUUCUUCAGCCACCAUCUACCGACAUCUUCUACGCAAAUGCAGUUUGACUCUGAAACAGGCACAGCGCUAUCCAGUAGCGCGCACAAGCACAGAGACCAAGGAAAAGUGGGAAAACUAUAUGCUUGAACACAUACAAGAUGGUAAACUUGACUACUUGUCGAACUGUGUUUUCAUCGAUGAAGCGUCCUUUACUGGUACGAUGACAAGAAACUCAGCUUGGUCGAUUCGUGGCACAGCUGCAUAUGUCAACGUUCCGGCAAUGCGGACUGCAUCGAAAAUCUUGCUCGCAGCCAUCGGCCAUACUGGCCUUGUCGAGGCUACCAUUAGAACAGCAAAGGAGGAACAAAGGCAGUAG